AUGGAUAGAAAGAAGAAAGCCAGUGUUGGAGAUACCUCCGCCGCCGAUCAUUUGAACGUGGAUGAUGUUUGCGUGACACACAUAAAAGCGGAGAGUUUGGAGGAACCACAGACAACUACAUUUUUCGAAAAUGUGUACGACAAAUCUUUUUAUGACUUGGGAAUUUUCCCGAACCAAAUAUUAAGUGAUAACGAAAAACGUCAAAUCCAUAUCAAGGCCUUUACAGCCUUCAGGACCUUUUCCAACAAACAUCAACCAGAACAAUAG